AUGAGAAAAUUCUUAAAAUACUCACUUGGAUUAGGAUUAGCAGCUUUUGGUUAUGAUGAAUAUAAUGAAAGGUAUCUAUGAAAAUUAAGUAAUUUAGUAAGAUAAUCAGAAGAAAUGCAAAUACUAUUCGUUGUGGAUUGAAUAUUCUGUAUUAAUAUAAAAUUAGAUUUAAUGCAGAGAAUGCAAAUGAUGUUCAUGAAACAGUAGCUAAGGAUAUCUAUGAAACUUGUAUAAGAAAUGAUGGAUUAUAUGUUAAAUUUGGUUAAGGAAUAGCUGCAUCUGAACAUUUAUUACCUCCUCCUUAUUUUAAAUGGAUGAGUUUACUUUAAGAUAAAGCAAAAGCAGUUAGUUUUAAACGAGUUAGAGAUAUUUUUGAAGAAGAGAUUGGGAAAACAAUUGAAGAGAUUUUUGAUGAAUUUGAUGAAAUUCCUAUUGCAUCUGCUAGUAUAGCUUAGGUUCAUAAAGCAAAAUUAAAGAAUGGAGAUAUUGUUGCUGUAAAAGUUUAGAAACCAAACAUAAAGAAAUAAUUUGGAAGUGAUAUGUUAAUGCAUCAUAUAAUUUGUGGAGUAUUAUAAUAUGCAUUUGAUAUGCCUAUUUUAUAAUUUUAAGAAUCAAUUCAAUCUAAUUUAUAGAAGGAAAUUGAUUUUAGAAUUGAAUAUGAGAAUGGAGAAAUAAGUAGAAGAGCAUUAUAAAUAAUAGGAAGAAAAGAUGUUCAUAUUCCUAAAUAUUAUGAUGAAUUAAAUACUUAAAGAAUUCUUGUUUCUGAAUGGAUAGAUGGAAUUAAAAUAUCACAUUAAGAUGAAAUUAAAAAGUUAGGUUUCAAUACAAAAUAAAUAAUGGAUACUGUUAUAAGUGCUUUUGCUGAAUAAAUCUUUAUUUCAGGAUUUGUUCAUUGUGAUCCACAUCCAGGAAAUAUAUUUAUUAGACCUAAACCAGGAAAUAAUAAAUAAUAUGAAGUUGUAUUAUUGGAUUUUGGAUUAUGCAUUAAAUUAGAAAAUUAAUUUAGAUUAGAUUAUUCAGAAUUUUGGACUUCAAUAUUUUUAUAAGAUUUUACUAAACUUAAAUAGAUAGUAAGGAAAUGGGGAAUAGGUAAUGAAGAGAUGUUUGCUUCUAUGUAAUUAAUGAAACCAUAUUAAAUGAAAUAACCAGUUCAUUGUCAUCAAGUUACUAAAGAAGAUGUUAUGAAAUUAUAAUUAAAAAUGAAAGAUGAAAUUAGAGAAAUGAUGAAAUAAACUGAUUUAUUUCCAAAGGAUUUAAUUUUUGUUAAUAGAAAUAUGAAUCUUGUUAGAUCUGUGAAUAAAAGAUGUGGUAGUCUUGUUAAUAGAAUCAAUAUUAUGGCAAGAUAUGCAUAACAAGGUACAUAAUAAUUUAAUGAUAUUCUUGAAUCAUAAAAAUUUAAUAGAAAAUAUCAUUCAAGUUUAAUGUUUGAACUUAGAUUAUGGGUUUCUGGAUUAGUAUAUUCAUUACUCUCAAUCUGGCUCAAAUGGAAGAAAAAUUAAAAAGUAGAAGAUUUCUUAGAACAAAAAUAAAAAGAAUAAUUUUAAGGAAUUCAUGAAUAAUAUGGUUUCAAAACUCCAGAUGAAAAAACCUUUGAUGCUUGAUUGUUAAUUCUUUAUAUGCUUAU